AUAUAUUUUUAUAAUAUAGAAUUUUGCAGCUGGACAGUUUUGUAAGAAAGUAUCAAAUAAAAAAGAAAACAUUUUCAAGGUGGCAUCUCUGUGUGAUAACUUCAGCAUGAAAGUUAAUCCUAUAUACAUAUAUAACCUAACUUACUUCAACCUAAAUCUUAACCUUAAAAUUACAAAGAUGCAUUGUAGAAUCGUUAAAAGUGACGCAAAUACAUACUAGUUUUUCGAUAUAAGAUUAUAAGAAUUACUAAUUAUUAAUCAAAAUUGGGGUAAUAAACGAUAAAUUGAUUCCGUGAUGGGAAAUAAAAACAAACUUUGUCAGCACAAAGAUAUUUUUGAACGUAUGAAUUAUUUAUAUCAAGCUAGUCAUCUAAUGGCAUUAAUAGAUCGAUGUACAGCAUCUUACUUUGGUAAUAAUAUGGUGGGUUGUGCCAAAAAAGCAGUAUUACGCAUGGAACCGAAUUUAAAGAGAAGCAUAUGUAAAUGUUGUCAAACUCCACUUAUACCUGGGGAGACAGCUAGAGUCAGAUUAACAUCAAAGCCUAUAAAGAGGGUUAAAUGGACAUGUCUGACUUGUAUGCAUACUAAACAAUUUCCUACGAGAAAAGGACACAAAUUGUGGCUUGAUCAACCGGAAGCAAUAAUCGAGACAUUAGAUUAUACACCAAAACCAAAGAACGAAAAUGUUAAAAAAUCUGAUGCCCCUGAGAAAAUAAAUGAAAAAAGAAAUAACUCGCAAGUGUUAAGUUAUCGAGUACGUAGUUGCGAUACGUUUUUACGGCAAGCGACAUCCGUAGGGAAUUCCCGAGAGUCACAAUCUGUGUUCUCAGCCGAGGACGGUUUAUGGAAAUGCUAUUAAAGUGUAAAUCUGACACGAUUUCUCGGAAGCUAGAUAUCAUUUCGCCAUAAUGACACAAUAGAAUUCGCUACGAACGUCAUUACUUCAUCUAACUAUGAUAUGACUAUGUCCGCCCAUCGCCAGCGACUCGUGCAAAACCAUUACGAGUUAAUAAAUCAUUGCACUCAUACUCGGGCGCAAUCAAAUCACAGUUUAAUCGGGAAGAAAGAAUAUCAGUCGUUUAAAACAUACUAUCUUAAAUAAAUAUGCUAAAUACAAUAUAACUUAGAAAUUGUGUGUACGCUAUCUUAAUUACGUUCUAUAUUGUGCACUUAGCAACAAUGGCUCGAUUACUUGAUUGAUCGGAUACAACAACUGCAUCGUGUCGAUGCCAAAAAUGUGGCAGUGAUCGUUGUAAAACGUGCGUACAAGAUGCGUUUACACGGUUGGAACGCAUGUACGUAACUUCGGAAACGCAUAAAUACUAAACUAAUGAGGAAAAUAAUACGAAAACUGGGCUGGACGGAAUCUACACAUUCACUUAUAUACAUAUAUCUGUCGUGCCAAGCUUCGGUCGUGUCGAGUUAUCUCACAGUGCCUAUUUUAUCACUAGCUUAUAUUCUUCUCUCUUCUUUUUUUUUCCUUUUUUUUUUCUUUUUUUGAUUCUCCUAAAAAG